UAUCAUAUCACAUAUAUUUAAGCAGUAGAAUCCGGCAGCAACAGUAGAAUCCGACGGUGGUCAGCUGUUGGUGAGAGGAAUCUGGCAGCGACAGUAGCGAGCGGAGGAUAGAGGAGCUCGGCGAUGGUUGGCAGGGUAAGAGACUGUUCGUAGGUUUUGGUUAGAAAUUGAGUCAGGAGGAUAAAAGGGUCAAUUAGGUGCAUUUUAGGGCCACAAACUUUGAAUUUUAGGGCGACGAAUAGCGAUUCAGAAACAAAAUAAAGCGAGGUUUUUGGAAGGCUUGAAAAUUUGGGUUUCCGCCCUUUGUUUUCUGAUAGCAAAAGCAACUUAAAAGCUCUCCAUUCUAAUUCCCUGCAGUGCGAAACCCUAACAUCAAUUUCGGGGGAGAAAAGAUACAUAGUUUAAGGGGAGCAUGGAGCUAAAUCACAGGUUCGUCAUUUAUAAGUAACCCCUUCUCAAGUCAAGCUUUCUAACUCUUAACCAUUUUAAGAGUUGGGUUUGGGGUUGUCAAGAAUAGGUAGGUGAUUUGUGGAAGUAACAAACAAGUUGAGGACGGAUUUUCUUCGUCCUGAUAACCAAAACCGAUUUGAGUUGGGAAAUUAGGUGUCAAGAAGGGUUGUCUCUUACCUAGACCAGAAUGGUGAGUAUUCUCCGAUCCAAUCCAAUCCUUUGCUUUUCUAUAUACUAGAAUCAAUACUCGUGGCUACGCCACGGGGACUAAAGUUGCAUCAACAUGAUCAUAUAGGUGACGAUAACAUGAAUCGUCGUAUUAUUGGCAGUGUGUUGUUUUAGAGUAUUGAAAGUUUGUUCAUGAAACUUUGUAUGUUGAGUUUGAUAGUUAAUUAGCAUGUUGCUCAAUUAACGUACAUCUUUGCCAUUGAGUUCCACAUUUUAAAGGCAAAAGUAAAAAGCAAAUGCAUUUUCAAAAAGAGCACUAAUCGUAGAAUUAUUAUAUUUGUAAAGGCAUGCUUCAUGCUGGGAUUAUGGGUAUUUGGAGGGAACUUGGUGAGCAGUUCAUAUUUGUUCAAACUUAAAUUUCAAAAAAUGCAAUGCUGCAAUUUAAUUAUAUUAUAUAUGUUAAACUGGACAUUUAAAGGCAUGCUUCAGCUGCAAUUUGUAUUUACAAAAUGUUAGAAAUAUGGUGAUGAAGCUCUGGACUGGCAUUAUGGGCAUUGCUCUCUCUCCUGCUAUUUGUUAACAUGUUGUAAAGCGUAAAAAUUAUUGCACUUGACAACUAAUGUAAAUAUGUAAUGCAAAGGUUUUGCAUCGCUGAUGUCCUAAGACGAACAAAUACUUAUUGGCUGGAAAAUGUAGCAUCUGCAAACAAGUUUGGUGACCUGAGAUAAGAAUGAUGUCCUAUUAAUAAAGAGACUUUAUAUGGAACAUAAAAUUGGGUACAAAUAAAGCUAUUGAUAUUACCAAGGUAUCAGCAUCUGCCAACCCAGCUUUAAUUUCAGAAACCUCCUGAUUAUCCUGCUCUGCGAUUCAAUAAUGCAAAUUAAGUAAGUCACCAUUGCAGCUCAUUAUCUCUGAAUUCUGGACUCUAGGAAAGCAGUAGUUCAAAUAAGAUGCUUUUAGACACAUCUUCUGUAGAACAUAAAGUUAGCAGCAUUCCUCCUUUUGACUGAAACUGUAGGAGAGGACCUUCAACAUAGUGACCUACAAAUCUCGCCAAAUUUAUAUGUUGUAGUUCAAAUAAGAUGGUUACAGUCCAACCCAAAACUCCUCAGCUUCAUACCUGCAAACAACUCAGGUUCAAUGAAUACCUUUUAUCUCUAACUACUUGCUACAUAAAUUUGUUCAUUUAUGACAUAAGCCUCUCAAGUCAAGAAAAAGGCACCAAUAUUCCAUAGCUGAAAUGCAGAUCUCAAGUGGUCAAGUUCCUUGUCGAGAUCAUUGAUGGCUAGGUUAUAUUUCUGCAUUGGUGAAGACUGACUGGUGGUGUGAAUCUACAAACCAGCAUCAAGUUGGUUACUACCCUAGAAAAUUCAUUGAACACCACACAAAUAUUCGCCUUCCAACAAAACUUUGUCAUCCAACUCGAAACAGAAAUGGAGGUGGGGGCUGUCACUAUGGAGAGUUGAUAACUGAAUUUUGCACCAGGAGAAUUUCCAUCAACAGCCAAACCAUCCAUUCUCUUCAACAAACAACAAUGAUAACUAAAGACUGAAAGAGGAUACUGAUAAGCCGUUAAUUGCACAUGUUUUUACCCCUAUUCUGGAGCCGUUUGAGGUGUUGAUUCUCGUGUUUUAGGCCGAUUUCACGCUAGGUUGUGCUUGUUUGUGAUAUCUCAGGUCCUAGUACGUGAAUGAAGGUUUGGGAGCGAGUUCGGGGUCGAUUGGACGAAGAUCGGGCGUGAGGCAAGUCGCUGAGGAAGCCACACGGGCACACACAAAACUCACACGGCCGUGCAAGUGACCAAGGUGGCCGUGUGGGAUUGUGCGAGCCUUCACACGGGCACAAAUACAAUCCACACGGCCGUGUGAAUGAGUAAUUUGGCCGUGUGGAAUUCUGCGAGGCUUCACACGGGCAGGCUGGGUGAGCUACACGGCCGUGUGCCCUUGGCCGUGUAGGAAGCCUGAAACCCACAUAAUCGGAACGCGGCGUUUUGACCUCACACGGGCAUCUGGGUAUGCCACACGGUCGUGUGAGUCGGGAAUUUCUGGUUUUUACCCAAUUUUGGGCCACAAGUGAGAGAAUCGAAUUUUCAGAGCAAAAACAGAGCCCUAGAGAGAGAAAGUACGAAGAACACAUCCUAGAAGCUAUCUUGGAGCUGGGUUUCAUCAAAUCGAGCUUGGAGAUCGUUAUAGGAGUGGAAAUCAUCAUCCCAGAGCAGAUUCUUCCCAUUGUUAUGAGUAUGACUGCUUUGUAUUCUGUUUUCCUCUCUCUUUCUAUGGAGUAGAACCCUUCUCUCACUUGGGUAUGAAGAACCCUAGUUCCAUGUGUUAGGGAUUUGAUUGUAAUGACUUGGGAUGAUUAUACUGUUUGGUUUUAAUCGAAUGAUGCAUGUUUUAUUGAAUUGAUUGAAGUCUGAUCAGCUUUUCUUGAUUUCUGCUGCAACCUGAGAUAGAUAGAAUCUGAUUAGGUUGUUAGAGCUUCAUCAUUCGUUAGUAGGAGAUUGGCUAUACGAGAGUUAGCCAGUUUACUGCUUUGUACUGGAAUCCAAUUCCAGUAGUGGAGUUCUGUGCUUAUUGCUUCAGCUUUCUAUCCCGGUGAAGACUAGUCGUCUGCCGGGUAGUUAGACUGAGAGGGCUUGGUCAGCUUAAGAGAUUCCAAACUACUGUCGGAUCUUCCGCAAUCUAAUCAACAGUUAAUCAACCCAGGGUAAUUACAAUUGAGACCUAACUAAGGAGCUAGGGGGACUCAUUCCCGAGUGACUCUUCUUUGCUUGAGAAAACCGAACCAAUUCCUGCUUUCUUACUGCUUUUGCUUAAAACAAAAAUCACUUGACUUAGUUGGCUAGAUAAUAGAUAAUCACAUAGUAAGCAGUAGAUCUAGACCCCGGGUUGAUAAUAGAACUUGCCACUUUACUGCAUUCCCGGACUGCGAUUAUACUUGUUCGUAGUUUGGUGUUGUGUUUUGGCGUGUCAAGUUUUUGGCGCUGUUGCCGGGGAGCCUCUAGGUUAUUGGGGAAACGUGAAAAUUCGUUACUCCAGCUUUUACUUUAUUGCAUUUUAUCUCUUCCACCUGUGUGCCUUCACGGGUUGCUUCUGCUGAUUGUGUGAGGGUAGUGCAUGACCCGUAGCCAGUCGGGAGUUCUACUACCAUUAGACCCGGAGCUUGAACGAACCUGCAGGAACUUCAAGCGGGCUCUAAAGGCGCGACUGGCUGCGGAGGAGGAGUUAGCACAGCUGCAGAUCACUGAAGAAGAAGAGAUGGGGGAUCCACAGGACCAUGAUGUGGUCCUUCCCGAGGAGCAUACCAUGGGACAUUACUGGACCGCCAGGGCUGCAGACAUGAGGUCACCCAUUCAACACCCUCAUGUCCUAGCCAACAAUUUUGAGGUGAGCACCUCAGUAAUCACCAUGCUGCGCGGUUCGGUGGUGUUCCGUGGCAAAGAGGGGGAGUGCCCCCGAUCACAUCUCAGGCGAUUCCACGAGCUCAUCGAUGGAAUCAAGAUCAAUGGGGUCCCAGCAGAUGCCAUCCAGUUGAGGUACUUCCCAUUCACCCUAGAGGGGCAGGCCAAGGAGUGGCUAGACACUCGACCUCCGGGCUCCAUCACCACAUUCUCCAACCUGGCAGACAAGUUCCUAACCCGCUACCAUCCUCCAUCCAAGACGGCGGACCUGCAGAAGCAAAUUACCCAUUUUGCUCAGGAUGAGGAUGAGACCAUCCGGGACGCAUGGGAGAGAUAAAACAGUCUCUUCCUUAGGUGUCCCAAUCAUGGCU